AACAAAAUGUUGCUUAUUGUGCCCAUGAUAAUCUCAUUGAAACUGCCGAUAAUGCUCUAGAUUCAGAAAAGCAAGAAAAGUUUCAAAAAAAAUUAGAAAAAAAUAGAGAAGGCGAGAAAGAAUCAGUUAAUCGAAUUAUUGAAAAAAAGCAACUUAGUUUUGUGAGUAGUCGACAAAAUUUAGGGGAUUCCGAAGAUAAUUUUUCUUCCUAUCAAAAUUUGCAGUCCGAAUCUCAGUUUUUUGUUUCGGCUUUGCAAGGAACUGGUUUAGAUGAUUUAACUGCCAAAAUCAUCAAUUUCUUACCUUUACUCCACCAAGAAAAAGUUUCUAACCUCAAUAACGGAUUAAAUUUACUUAUUUUUGGAGCACCAAAUUCAGGAAAAUCUACUCUAAUGAAUUAUUUAUUGCAAGAAAAUCGUUCGGUGGUUAGUUCGGUGGCUGGAACUACUCAAGAACCG